CUGCUUCUCCACUCGUUCGACUACUACCUCUCCAUCCUCCUGACCUUGGUCACCGUGCCUCCAGGAGUCGAGACCGAUUUCUGCGUCUGCGAUUCCUUCGAGGACCUGGUUUUGUGCGGGUUCGACGAAGCAGAAGGACCCAAUGGCGAAUUCGGCAGAACCUUCUUCAUCUACAAUCCGUUUACGAAGCUCUGGGUCGCCCUGCCUCUCGCUCCGACGAGACCAGAGGGGUACUUUCAGAUGGAGGCGAGGCUGGUUUGUGAACCCCGGCAGUCUAUCGAUCUCGAUCUAGUUGUUUAUUCAGAGUACAGGUUUCGGGUGGUGUGUAUGUAUCUGUUGCGCCAGUCGAUCUAUCUGGACGUGUUCUGCUCCGAGUCCAGAGAAUGGACGAGCAGGGCUCUUGUCCUUGAUGGGUUUCUGAGACUGAGGGAUCCGCAUUUGAUCUCGUGGAAUGGGGAUGUUGGAUCUUCUUUGUGUAAACCGGAAGACACCUGA